AUGAGAAUCUGCGCUCUUGAAGGAUCAACUGUGAGGAUUAACUGUUCCUACUGGCAUCCAGCAGGUGCUACUGUUGAACAUGAAAUGUUGUUUUAUGACCCUGAUGAGAAUAACACCGUUAGAGAUGCAGAACACACCGUGUGUCAUUCAGAUGAGCAGAAAGUGGCCAGGAGUCCCAGACAGCGAGUUCAGUUCUUAGGGAACAAACACGAGAAGACGUGCGAUGUGAAGAUCAGCGACGUGAGCAGGAAGGAGAGCGGCUUCUACAAGUUCAGAGUCGAGGGAAAUGAUAAAUGGACGCAAGUGCCAGGAGUCAACAUGACAAUCACAGGUUUAAUGGUUGAAGCAGAACCCAAGAAGGUGAAAGAAAAUGAAGCGGUGGCCCUGACGUGCAGAACAAAUUACAGUCUCAACGGCAGCGUCUUCUCCUGGCUCAGAAAUGGACAACGUUUGAGCGAAGCCUCUGAGAAGCUUGAAAUUCCAAAGGCGUCUGAUGAGGACCACAGCAGUUAUGUCUGUCAGACUGGAAACAUCUCAUCCCCGGAAUUCCUACUGAAUGUGGAGUAUUUGAGUGAAUGGGGAGCCGCUUAUAAGCCCAAGAGGAUCUGCGCACUGGAAGGAUCAACUGUGAGGAUUAACUGCACAUACAGACAUCCACCAAAUAUUGCCAUUAAAAAGGAAAUGUGGUUUCAUGAUUCUGAAGAAAACAAGCAGCUUGAAGUUGGAGAAACCACAGUGUAUCAUACAAGUGAGCACGGAGUGUCCUGCAGUCACAGGCAGCGAGUCCAGUUCUUGGGGAAGAAAAACGAGAAGACGUGUGAUGUGAAGAUCAGCGAUGUGAGACGAGAGGACAGCGGAUACUACAAGUUUAUAUUUGAGGGACCUGAUAAUUGGACACAAGUGCCUGGAGUCCACGUGAGGGUCACAGGUUUAAAGGUCGAGAUGACACCUGAGCAGGUCAAAGAAAACGACGCAGUAAACCUGAGCUGUACAACAAAUUGCAGUCUCGUCAACAGCAUCUUCUCCUGGUUCAGAAAUGGACAACAUUUAAAUGAAACCUCCAAGGAGCUGCAAAUUCAGAGAGUCUCCAUUGAGGACCACGGCAAUUACUGGUGCCAGACUGGAAAUAUUAAUAUCUCCCCAGCAUUUCUACUAAAUGUGGAGUAUGCCCCCAGGAAUGUAGUCAUCACAGGACAGCCCAUUGCUUGUAUAGAAGAAGAGACAUCAGUGGCUUUACACUGCAAAGCCUUGGCAAACCCUCCCAGCAACUACACCUGGGUCAAGGAGAACGGUGGCCAUGUAGGUUCAGGAGAACAACUGCACAUCAGCAAGUUCAACAUGAGUCACAACGGGUAUUACUACUGUGAAGCCACCAACAUCCACGGGACGGCAAAGUCUGCAGCUGCCCACCUGACAGUAAAUGAAAACAUUGGUUUUCUACAGAGCAUCUUCAUGAAUUAUGUCUUUUAUGGCUCACUGAACAUCAUUAUCCUAUUAGGAUUAGCUUUGUUACUCUUCGUAUGUCUAUGGAAAAGGACCAAGAAGACAAAUCAACAAGGUGGCAGAGAGACAGUCGUAGAUACAGUUUAUGAAGACAUAGUUGGGUCUGACGCUAAACCUGCACAGCAGAAAGAUGAAGAAAAAGAAGAAGAGCAUGAUGAUGUGCAAACUCCUUAUUAUGCCACCGUGGAGCCAAAAGCUAGCCGUAAAAAAAGAAUGCAAGCUAAAGAACAAGAAAAGAAGAAAGAAGAAGAAGAAGCAGAAACUGAAGAAUUCACUUCCGUGUCUGCAGAAUGGUGAGGAGUGUUGUGCGUAUUUGAGCCUUCACUGAGAACACAACGGGAUUUUUUUUAUGUCACCUGACUAUUUUAGCGCAGUGAAUGUCAUUU